GUCACUUCUCUUCGCUCUCCGUCGGUUGUGUUGGUGAGUUGUGCUGCCUCUUUUAUCCGCGUUUUGCUGGGUCAAAUUAUUGGCAUCCGUCAAGAACAUUGGUCAGGGGCACACGCCACGAUCACCCGAAGUCAUGGGAAAGGAAAAGACGCACAUUAACAUCGUGGUCAUCGGCCACGUCGAUUCCGGCAAGUCGACGACCACCGGUCACCUGAUCUACAAAUGCGGUGGUAUCGACAAGCGUACCAUCGAGAAGUUCGAGAAGGAAGCCCAAGAGAUGGGCAAGGGCUCCUUCAAGUACGCCUGGGUGUUGGACAAGCUGAAGGCAGAGCGUGAACGUGGUAUCACCAUCGAUAUCACCCUGUGGAAGUUCGAGACCCCCAGGUACUACGUGACCGUCAUCGAUGCCCCGGGACAUCGUGAUUUCAUCAAGAACAUGAUCACGGGUACCUCCCAGGCCGACUGUGCCGUGCUGGUUGUGGCUGCUGGUACUGGUGAGUUCGAGGCUGGUAUCUCCAAGAACGGUCAGACCAGAGAGCAUGCUCUGCUGGCCUACACCCUGGGUGUGAAGCAGAUGAUUGUGGGUGUCAACAAGAUGGACACCACUGAGCCCCCCUUCUCUCAAACCCGUUUCGAGGAAAUCCAGAAGGAAGUGUCUGCCUACAUCAAGAAAAUUGGCUACAACCCAGCCACCGUCCCCUUCGUGCCCAUCUCCGGCUGGAACGGUGACAACAUGCUGGACGCCAGCCCCAACAUGGGCUGGUACAAGGGCUGGACCAUUGAGCGCAAGUCUGGCAAGUCUGAGGGCAAGUCCCUGCUGCAGGCCCUGGACGCCAUGGAGCCCCCCACCCGUCCCACGGACAAGCCCCUCCGACUUCCCCUGCAGGACGUCUACAAGAUUGGUGGUAUCGGCACGGUCCCGGUCGGCCGUGUGGAGACUGGUCUCCUCAAGCCCGGCAUGGUGGUGACCUUCGCCCCCGCCAACAUCACCACUGAGGUCAAGUCUGUGGAGAUGCAUCACGAGGCUCUGACGGAAGCCGUGCCCGGAGACAACGUGGGCUUCAACGUCAAGAACGUGUCUGUGAAGGAGUUGCGUCGUGGCUACGUGUGUGGAGACUCCAAGGACUCUCCACCCAAGUCUACGGAGGAGUUCACCGCCCAGGUGAUUGUGCUGAACCACCCUGGCCAGAUCUCCAACGGCUACACGCCUGUUCUGGACUGCCACACGGCUCACAUUGCCUGCAAGUUCCGUGAGAUCAAGGAGAAGUGCGACCGUCGUUCUGGCAAGAAGCUGGAAGACAACCCAAAGUUCAUCAAGUCUGGAGAUGCUGCCAUCAUCGACCUGGUGCCCUCCAAGCCGAUGUGCGUGGAGACCUUCACCGACUUCCCACCCUUGGGUCGCUUUGCCGUGCGUGACAUGAGGCAGACGGUGGCUGUGGGCGUCAUCAAGUCUGUGAAGCCCAAGGAGGCAUCUGGUGGCAAGGUCACCAAGGCUGCUGAGAAGGCCCAGAAGAAGAAAUAACUAUGGCUACUUGGCAGGGCCACUCCAGAGCAGCAGCCACGGCAGCAGGGCUGCUGGCCCCCGGCCGGGACAAGGCUCCUGGCACACUUUCGUUUGGUUACUCUGUUUCUCAACCUUUGGUUGCUGUGUCAGUGUCACCGCAAAGAGUUCAGGAGGAAAAAAAGUCUGUGCCCCUUACCUGUUGAGAUGUUGUCAUUGGGUGUUUCUAUUUUAAAGCGACACAAAUAAAAGCCAAGCUGUAUCGCCCUUCGA